GUGGUUACUCCCUGCUUCCUCUCUGGUGACUCCCUCAGCCUCCACUCCGCCAUUCGCACAAGCCUCGCCAUCUUCUUGUCGCCCUCUCCGUCUCUUCGGGUGAAUCUGCAGCUCUAUAAUUGGACCUUUUUAUUAUUGAAGGUGUUGGAGGAGGGCUAGGAUUGCUUGAACUUAAGAUAUUGAGGUCAAAUGGUGCCAAGAUGGAAAGGAAAAGAUGCAAAAGCUAAAAAGGAUGCAGAAGCUGAAGCACUUAAAGAACCAAUGUCAAAUAUAAUAUCUGAACUUCAGUUCUCUUUAGUUCAAUCAGAUGCAUAUGGAAUAUUGUCCAACAAAAGUGUUCACUAUGCAGCGGGAGCAGAACAAAUUGUGUUGCUUGAUAAAGCAUGCUUUGGUAGACCAGUGGGAACGGUUGAAAAGGACAAAGUGUGGUUUCAAUUAAGCUUGGAAGAAGCAUUUUUCCUAUGUUACUCUAUGAAUUGCUUGAAGAUUAAUGGUGGCAAUCCGAUUCCCCGAACCAAUGAAGAACUAUGGCAUUACAUGAAGUCCAAGAAAGAAACAUUCCCAAAUUUCUUCAAGGCUUAUUCUCAUCUUAGAAUGAAAAAUUGGGUUGUGAGGUCGGGCUUUCAGUAUGGUGUUGACUUCGUCGUGUAUCGUCAUCAUCCAUCUCGUGUUCAUUCAGAGUACGGUGUACUUGUUUUAUCAGAUGGGGAGACCGUGAAAGAUGUAAAUGGAAGAUUGAAAGUAUGGUCUGAUGUUCAUUGCGCAACGCGAUUAGUUGGAAGUGUUGCAAAGACCUUGUUGGUCCUAUACAUCAGUAAAAAUGGUAGCAGGGAUGACUCACCAUCAUGCUUGGCUAACUACACUGUCGAAGAGCGCACAAUCGCCAGAUGGAGUCCGGAACAAUGCCGUGAAAGUUGCAGGUAGCAUAACCAGGGAAUAGUUACUGUGGUACACGUACAAUGUCACUUCAUUGGAUACUAAUCAUACUAUAUUAAUAUUUAAUAUAAAUUACAAUGUAAAAGAAAAUUCAUUGUUGUGUUUAUACUUUAUAGUCUUUGCCCACUCCUCUCUACUCCCAUGGAUUUAUAUUUCUUGUGGAGUUUGUGAGUUGGCAAACUAUUCCAAGGAGUGUUGGAGCUGUCACAAAUAAUUAAAACUCCCCAGCACAAGUUUUGUUAUUUCUGAUUUUGCCACCAUUUUAACUAUACUAAGAUUUACAAUUUUUUUACAAA